AUGACUACUGAAUUCAAUCCUCUGGAACCGCACCUGGAGUUGUCUCCCCCCGCCUCAUACUCUCUCCAGCAACAAUGUAUGGCAUUUGGCCUUCUUCUCCUCUGUUACCUAUCUCUCGCUUCCCUCACGGCACUGGUACCGGCCCCUAACACCUCCACUCCAAGGCUACCCACGGGUGAGAUUAUAACCUCUGAAUCUCUCAAGAAUUCCACUCCACCCAGCCUCUCCAACUCCUCGGCUCUCGUGGACAAUUUCCUGCUUCCCUACCGCUUCAAGGUGCCCGACACCGACAUCCUCCUCCGCCUCGGCUUUGGCAUCCGCCGCAGUCUCGACCGAAACCACAUGCGCUCUCUCAUCGCUGUCGCCGAAGAGUACAUCGACGAGCAAAUCGCAGCGCUACCCCCUGCAACCCCGGACUUCCAACAUGUGUACCCCGUCGCUCAAGGGCGAAACCAAACAUUUUACAAGUCUCUCGGUGACGGUAUCAGGCUUGUGAUCAACGACCAUCACCAAAUCGGCAAACUCUUCACGUGGGACGAGUUGGAGGAUGUGACGGGAUUCAGAUUUUAUGUUGAGGAUUUUGCGCCGGACAUCACGACGCGUUGUAUGGGGUAUGGGAGUCUGGGUCCGGAGGAGUACGCGAGUGAUGAUGAGAUGGACGCUGAGCUUGCUGCGGAAGAGAGGAGAUGGUGUGCAUGUUAUUCACGUGGGCCAUUAGCUAUUCCACCCUCGUUGGGGUUGGGAGUGAAGUUGGAUGAGGCUGAUGACGAGAUUGAUGUGGAGCUUGCCGCGGAGACGAAGAGAUGGGCAUGUCCACGACGGGCAACUAGCUAUUGCAAAGCGAUUGCACUUAUAGGACGAGAAGAUCCGAAUCACCGAAGCGGCACAUGA